AUGCGCGCCUUCAUCCUGAUCGCCGUUGCUGCAGCUGCAGUUUCUGCUACCCCGAUGCAGGAACGGGCGGAUGGUGACUGGCAGGUCACGCGCUUCGCCGCAUACGUAGCCGCGCAUUCCAUUGUCCAGCAUAUCACGUUCUCCGUCACCGUACCAGGCAUCGACGCGCCCAUCCCCUGCAGCAACGCAACCGGAGCGGCCAUCUCGUCUUCGCCGUUCCUACUACCCGUCCAGGGCGGCACGUGCAGCAACCAGGAUUUCAGCUUCAACUUCCGCCAGGUUGAGAACGCUGCCAUCGAGCUCGAAGUCAAGAGAGAGGCCGGGCCCACGGCAACCUACAACAGCCCGUCCGACGUUGUGCAAUACGUCACGACUGGCUCAACCCCACUGGACACUGGUAUCGCUUAUGUGGGAGCUCAGGACUUUGGCUUGCGCAUUCCUAAAUAG